AUGACAACGAACGAACCUUCGUCGGCUUGCCUUGCUCCCGAAAAAAUAUUUUGUGGAUACUCUCCACUGGCAUUAAUAGAUCGUAGGAAGGUUGUUGUCGGUGUAGCAGAUGGUUUUAUUCCGCCGGGAUCCUUUAUAAGGAUUAAGAAG